AUGAGUUGCGGGUCCAAACAGACUAUGAUGUACAGCAAAGGGAGAAGCUCCAGUAGUAGUGGUGGUGGAGUAAGGGUAGCUUCAGGAGCCUCUGGGAGAGGUGCCUCUUCUGCUGUAGGUAGUGUUGGAUGUGGUGUGUCUGGGAGGACCUUUUCCAGUGGAGUCUCUUAUGGAGUGGGCCUGAGUGGAGGAAGUUGCACUGAUAGUGGCUUUGGAGGAAAUGUGUUAGGAGGGAGCUAUGCAUAUGGUUCUGGUGGUGGGUUUGAUGGGGGCAGUUUCCGCUUUGGGCAAGUUGGUGGUGGCUUUGGCAUCUUCAAGGAAGCCCCCUCGAUCUCCUGUGAUGAGAAGUUUACCAUGCAGAACCUCAAUGACCGCCUGGCCUCUUACUUGGACAAAGUGCGACAACUUGAGAAGGAAAAUGCUGAACUUGAACAGAGAAUUAAUCAGUGGUAUGACCAACAAGGCCCACCUUUUGACCCAAAGGAUUAUAACUGUUAUUAUCAAAUAAUUGAAGAGCUCCAGAAGAAGAUUCUUUCUGCCACUGUGGAUAAUAGUAAGCUUACCCUGGAUAUUGAUAAUAACCGCAUGACUGCUGAUGACUUCAGGUUGAAGUAUGAAACUGAGCUGGCUCUUUGGCAGAAUGCGGAAGCUGAUAUCAAUGGAUUGCGCCAGGUCCUGGAUCAACUGACUCUCUGUAGAUCUGAUUUGGAGGCACAACUUGAAUCCCUCCGGGAAGAGCUGUGCUGUCUCAAGAAGAAUCAUGAAGAGGAAAUUAAACGUCUGAAGAACCAGACUUGUGGUGAUGUUAGUGUGGAAGUUAAUUCUUGCCCAGGUCCAGAUCUGAAGAAGGUUCUGGAAGAAAUGAGAUGUCAGUAUGAAACCAUGAUUGAGAACAACCGUAAAGAAGUUGAGCAGUGGUAUGAACGCAAGGUGGAAGAAGUGAAUCGGGAGGUCUGCAACAGCAGCAAAGAGGUUGAAGAUUGCAACAACCAAGUUGUGGACCUAAAACGUCAACUGAAAACCUUAGAAAUUGAUUUGCAGGCUCAACUUUGCCUGAGGGAGUCGCUGCAAGACUCUUUGGCUGAGACUGAAUGUCGCUAUAAUACCCAACUGGCUGAAAUACAGAACCAGAUAUCUUGUGUGGAACAGCAACUGGCAGAGUUGAGAGCAGAGAUGGAGUGCCAGAAUCGAGAAUAUAGAGAACUUCUAGAUGUCAAGUGUCGCCUGGAACAAGAGAUCCAGACGUAUCGCUGCCUAUUAGAGGAAGGGCAGCAAGACAUUACGUAG